AUGCCUGUGAUGAAGGGCCUCCUGGCCCCCCAGAACACCUUCCUGGACACCAUCGCCAACCACUUUGAUGGCACCCACAGCAACUUCCUUCUUGGGAAUGCCCAGGGUCGCCAGGGCUACCCCAUCGUGUACUGCUCGGACGGCUUCUGCGAGCUGACGGGGUUUGUGCGCACUGAGGUGAUGCAGAAAACGUGCACGUGUCGCUUCCUGCACGGGGCGGAGACCAGUGAGAGGGUGAGGCAGCAGGUGGACAAGGCCCUGGAGGGACAGCAGGAGUACCAGGGGGAGGUGUGCUUCUAUAUGAAGAACGGAAAACCAUUCUGGUGCCUACUUGACAUUGUGCCAAUUAAGAAUGAGAAGGGCGAAGUGGUUCUAUUCCUUUUCUCCUUCAAGGACGUCACUGAGUCGUAUGGAAAAAGCCACCAGCACAGCAACAGGAGAGGGGGGAAGGCCACAGGCAUCUCAGAGGACGCACAUCAGAGCAGAAAACGCAGCAGUUCCCACUUUUCCCAAGCCAGGGAGAGAGGAAGGACUGUCCUGUACCACCUCACCAACCAGUUCUCCAAGAGGGGCAAGGGGAAACUGCCCAAUAGUGUAUUCCAGAAGCCCUCUCUCCCAGAGUACAAGGUGGCAGCGGUGCAGAAGUCCCGCUUCAUCCUGCUCCACUACAGCGUAUCCAAGGCCCUGUGGGAUUGGCUGAUCCUCCUGGCUACCUUCUACGUGGCGGUCACCGUGCCCUUCAAUGUCUGCUUCGUCAGUCACCAGGACGACACCGACUGGGACUCCCGUAGCACCAUUGCCAGUGACAUCGCAGUGGAAAUGCUCUUCAUUCUAGAUAUCAUCCUGAACUUUAGGACCACCUUCGUGAGUCAGUCGGGUCAGGUGGUGUACGAUGCCCGCUCAAUCUACCUCCAUUACUGUGGCACCUGGUUCUUUAUAGACCUCAUUGCUGCUCUGCCCUUUGACCUCCUCUACGCCUUCAACAUCACAGUGACCUCGCUGGUCCACCUCCUGAAGACGGUGCGUUUGCUGCGGCUGCUGCGGUUGCUCCAGAAGCUGGACCGUUACUCCCAGUACAGUGCUGUGGUCCUGACCCUGCUCAUGUCUGUGUUCGCCCUGCUGGCCCACUGGAUGGCCUGCGUCUGGUACGUCAUCGGCCGCAAGGAGACAGAGAGCAGCGACCCUGUCACCUGGGAUAUAGGCUGGCUGCAGGAGCUUGGGAAGCGGUUGGAGACCCCAUACAUCAACAGUACGAUGGGCGGCCCCUCCAUGCCCAGUGCUUAUAUCGCCUCCCUCUACUUCACCCUGAGCAGCCUCACCAGUGUGGGCUUUGGCAAUGUGUGUGCCAACACAGAUGCUGAGAAGAUCUUCUCCAUCUGUAUCAUGCUCAUGGGGGCCCUGAUGCAUGCAGUGGUCUUCGGUAACGUGACGGCCAUCAUCCAGCGCAUGUACUCUCGGCGCUCGCUCUACCACACGCGUAUGAAGGACAUCAAGGACUUUAUCCGUGUGCACCGUCUGCCCCAGCUGCUGAAACAGAGGAUGUUGGAGUACUUCCAGACCACCUGGUCUGUCAACAACGGCAUCAACGCCAACGAGCUGCUGCAUGACUUCCCAGACGAACUGCGUGCGGACAUCGCCAUGCACCUGAACAAGGACAUCCUGCAGCUGCCAGUGUUUGAGCGGGCCAGUAGGGGGUGUCUGCGCUCCCUCUCCUUGCACAUCAAGACCUCGUUCUGUGCCCCGGGAGAGUACCUCAUCCGCCAGGGGGACGCGCUGCAGGCCAACUACUUUGUCUGCUCUGGGUCUCUAGAGGUGCUGAAGGACGAAAUGGUCCUUGCUAUCCUGGGCAAAGGUGAUCUGAUUGGGGCAGACCUGACAGCGCAAGACAAGGUGAUCAAGACCAAUGCGGACGUGAAGGCUCUGACCUACUGUGACCUGCAGCACAUCAGUGUCCGUGCCCUGAGGGAGGUCCUGGGCCUCUACCCAGAGUAUGGCAGUCGCUUCAGCUCUGAUAUCCACCACAACCUCACCUACAACCUAAGAGAGGGCAGCGAGGCAGAGGGACUGACAAGGUUCUCACGGUCCCCUCGGAUCUCUCAGGAGCGAGCUGAUAAGGCCCACAAGCUUCCCUUCAUUGCGGAGGCAGAAGAUGUGAAGUCUGGUGAGGACAUGAGCCACUGUCCCACUGGUGCAUCCCACCAAGGGCGGCUGCUACUGAUGCAUGGCCUGAGCAGCCCUGUCUGCCACCCUGGCUUCAGCAGCCUGCUGGGGGAGGAGCUUCGACGUGUCAAUACACUCCGUCUCUGCCGCUCCCCAGCCCAGGGCUGCAGAGGCCGUAGCCCCUCCCCUCAGCUGCUGUCCAAUGAGGAGGUUACUCUAGCCCCGGUGCCCACCAUGGUCACAGAUCACAGCUCAUCCCAUAGGCCAGCCAAGCUGCUCAUACCCUCCCUACAUUGUGUCAGCCCUCUGGACCUCAGCCCCAGGGUUGUGGAUGGAAUUGAGGAUAAUGGGCAGUCUUUUCACUUCAAUGUGGAUCAAGGCGAGGCAAAGACCAAUAGCAAAGACCCAUUCCAGGUUAGCGCCAACUUACUUCUGGAAACAGAGGAGGUGAGACAGAACAUCAGCCAGCUAAACAAAGAGAUGAAUACCCUUAACCAGGAGGUGUCCAACCUGACCAAGGAGCUCCAUGAGAUGAUGCAUUUCCUGCAGGCCCAUGUGACCAUGUUACAUUACCCCUCUGCCAUCUCCACCUAUCCUUAUGGCCUGCAGAUGGCCCCUAACCCAAACCCCAGCAGCAACAUGAUUGCUGCCAAUGACUGGCAGACACGGGUGCCUUUCAGUAUGCCUGCUGGACCUCACCCAUCUCACCUCCAACAUGAUCCCCUCAGCCACCCUGCCAGGAACAUGUGGGCCUACGGUGGGGUGCCCCCCCAGGGCAGAGGUCAGAAGGUAGAGGUUGAACACCAUCACCAGACGUCCAAUCCUAGGUCAUCCUGUUUACAUCCGUGCUGCUCAGACAGAGGCAUAACCACUGGUCAGGGACUUGAAGCCCAGUACAGGCAUUUCCCGACCUCCAGAACUACACCCAACUCUCCUUACAUGGGCCACUCCCAAUGCCGGACUGGGCCAUCUCUUCUGAACCUCAACUCUGCCUUCCCAGUACUCCCAGGUGCGGGUCCUGGUCAGGUUGAGUACAAAGCCUCCAUCCCCACCAUCAGUACCUUUCGUCCCCUAUGUUCCCCAGGCAGCCUCAGCCAGUCCCACCCCUCCCUGAGUGUCCAGGUCAACUCUGACCGCAGCCAUUCACCGUCCAUCUCCCCAACGCCUAUCCACGUCUCACUGACCCCUACCGGCCAACCACAGCUCCACACCGCCUUCAGCUCUCAGUCUGGGGUCUACACGUCUGUCAGCCCAACAUAUAAUCAGACGCACAACCAGACCACCCAGGGUCAGGGCUCUCUCAACAGAGCUAGGAAGAAUGACCGGGUGGGCUCCAGCCCUGUCCACACACUGGACUCAUCCCUACAUCUGGCACGGCAGCCAGCAGGGCAAGGGCAAGACUGUGGAGGGCCUAAGACUGAAUACCCACAGGGCAGGGAGAGACCAGAGAGGAUGCAGACUGAUGCUGAGCGGGCAGAGUCCCAGACCCAGGGGACCAACAUCAGCACACAGCAGGCCCUGGAAGUCGAGCCUCUCUGGGGCUUGGAGGUGACACAUUAGCAGCUGUCUGGAGCCCCACAGAGACCAGAUAAAUAAACGGGUCAUUACUGCUGCAAAGUAACGCUGAGCCCAUCAACUCAACUCUCCCUUUUUGAUUGCACCUCUUAUACUACUCGAGUUUACAUCAGAGAAAUGAAUGAUUGCUUGACAGUCUGAAAAGUUCUCUACACAGCAAUCACGCUACAUAAUAUCGACACUGAUUGUACUUGAUGUACUGUUUAUUUAAUUUGACUGUAAAUACAGCAUUGAUAUGGACCAGAGAUUAUGAAGACAAGCUGACUCAGCUUACAAAUAUAUUCAGCUUUGUGUUUAUUAUGUAUUUCUUGUGAACUGAAAGUUAGAUAUUACUAACCGGAGGGUAUCUCUAGACAUAUCACAUUGAGACCUGGCAGCCAUGGAAACAGCAAACCCCACCCCUUUCCUUCAUUAUAUUGUGUUUACAUGGAAAGUAUCAUCACCUCAUGAGCAUUUUGACAUGUGGUUUUAGGUGAUUGUCUGUGAACACACUGUGGAGCUCAUUCUACAAGCUGUCUGGACAUUACAGCAUACGACCAAUGUUUGUGCUCAUUAUUUUAAGAAAUUGUCUCUUGGCUAGCCUGCCAGAGGAUUGCUGGCCAAAGAGGACCUAUGGUUAUUUGUGUGUUUCCCUCUUCUGCAAUAUGGCUAUUCAUAGCUCUGCAUCUCUUUUUGCUCUAGUGUCUGGAUCAUUUUCUGACUUUUUCUAUGCUGUAUAUUUGACUGUUUCUUUGGUAACAGAGACUGAAAUAAGACGUGCAAUGAGUUGAACAACGUGUGCUGUCUGAAAGAGUUGUAGUAUAUCAUUUUGUUUGUUUGUAACUGAUAUUAGUUGUAAAAUAAAACUAUUUA